GGAACUCAGACCAGUAGAAUGAUCUGUGGGAUUAUUCAUUAAGAAUUUGUUCUUCGUUUCCAAUGACUCUUAUUCCUUGUUGCAAAAAUAUUACCCAGCCAUAUCCUGAUCAGGUGCUGCAAAACUAACUAGCUGUAAGGAAAAACCCGGUUGGAACAAUUAUGUCUUUGGAUGACAUCCACAUUGAUUCCAAAGAACUGAUUGAGAAACAUCCUAUGGAUGGUGGAGGAUUUGGAAUGGUUUCAUUAUGCCACAGGAAAAAUCAUGGACUCGUUGUUUUAAAAACAGUAUAUACAGGACCACAGCGAAUGGAAUAUAAUGGAUCACUCCUCGAGGAAGGUAAAAUGAUGCAUAAAUUGAAUCAUGAUCGGGUAAUAAAGUUGAUUGGAGUUAUUUUAGAAGAUGGGAAUUAUUCACUUGUCAUGGAGUUCAUGGAGAAUGGAAACCUGCUGCAGCUUUUAAAGAGUGUAACUAUUCCAUUAACUGUAAAAGGAAGAAUAAUUCUGGAAAUUAUAGAAGGGAUGGCUUAUUUACAUGUCAUGAAUAUUGUACACAAAGACCUAAAGCCUGAAAACAUCUUGGUUGAUGCAGAUUAUCAUAUCAAGAUUGCAGAUCUUGGUGUGUCAAUUUUUCGAACUUGGAGCCGAUUGACUACUGAAGAACUUAAGAGAAGGCGCCAAAUGGGUUCGAAGCCCCAGAAUAAUGCAGGCACGCUGGCGUACCUGGCACCUGAGCAUUUGCAGUCACUGAAUACCAAAGCCACAGAAAAGUCUGACGUGUAUAGCUUUUCCAUUGUGGUGUGGGUGAUUCUGACUAACAGAGAACCGUAUGAAAAUGCAUUAAAUGAUACCCAGGUUAUGAACCUAGUUCUUAGAGGAGAUCGCCCUGACCUUAAUCUCAUUCCUGAUGAAUCCCCUAAAGAGAUGGUUUUUUUGAUGCAGCGGUGCUGGGCAAAUAAACCUGAGGAGAGGCCGACUUUUUCAGAGUGCAAUCUGGGAUUCCAACCAUUUUAUGAAGAAAAUCUGCAGAAAUAUAUUGAUGAUGAUGUGGAAAAGUUGAGAGAGCUGUCCCUGAAGAGGCCAACUGCUCCAAGACAACUGGUGAAAAGGAUGAAGUCUUUGCAAGUGGAUUGCGUUGGUCUUAUGCCAGACACGCCUCCAAAAGAUGAUCCAAACUCUUUGCACAGCUCACAAGGAAUUUCUGCUAAUGGUAACACUCUAGAGGUAACUUUUUCAUCCUGCAAGUUAAGUGAACCAGCAGAGAAUGAUCUUGACAGCAGUGCCUGUGACAAUGAGAGUGCUGAUGAUGCACAAGUAAGGAGAAAACUAGAGGAGGAAAUGAAUUAUCACUUGACUGGCAGCCGCCUAGACGCUUCAAUUUCUCCAACUAAUUUUGAACAGAUAAGGAAGGAAAGAAGCAAAAGAGUUUCUAAUGAACCUGCUUUUGGAAGUUCCUACCCUUCUUUAAUGCUGCCUUAUCUUGCCACAAGCUUGGCUAAGGUUGAACCAUCUGAGGAUCUGUAUUGCUCCCAGGAUUCAAACCCUCAUCAGGUUCAACAGAAUGUGGAAAACUCCUUUGCAAGUUUAAUGAGCCUUUCAAAGCCAGUAAAGGAAGAAACAAACUUUCACGACCCAAGCAAAAUAAGCUCUACAGGAUUCUCUGUAGACUACAGAGCACCAGCCCAGAGAACACCAGGUCCUAUUCCUGUUGCAGAAACUGGUGGUUCACCAACUGGGCAGCACAAAAUCUGGGAGCAAUAUCUACGGGCAGUCUCAAGAAAUCAAGGUGAAUCCAAUCCAUAUAUUGGGAAUUUUCUUCGGAAUCCUACCGGCCAGUUUGAACACAUGAGUGAUAGCAACCUGAAAUAUUUUGGCCAGGAGGGUUCACCAAGCAUCUGCCUAUCUGAGGCCAAGGGAGUUCAAAUCGGUGACAAUAACACUAUGUAUAUUGAAAAGACAGUUGUUAAUAGAAAAAAGCAGCAAGAUUUCAAAUUUUCCAGACAAACAGCAAAUGCUCAGCAUCUGGAGGGUCUGGCCAAUAACCCAGUUAAAGAAGCUCAUCUGGACCUCUUGCGAGGAGAACUUGGGAAAGAUUGGAAACACUGUGCUCGUAAGCUUGGGUUCAGAGAAUCAGAAAUUGAUGAAAUUGACCAUGACUAUGAAAGAGAUGGACUGAAAGAAAAGGUUUAUAAAAUGCUACACAAGUGGCAAAUGAAAGAAGGGUCAAAGGGUGCCACUGUUCGGAAGCUAGUUCAAGCCCUGAAUAGUUGCAACAGGUCAGACCUCACUCUGAGUCUUCAAAACUGUCUCUGAGUUUUAUCCUGUUUCAAGG